AUGGUGCUGAAAGACGUCCUCAGUAACCUGAAGAGUAUCAUAUAUCAGAUUAUUUGCCGCCACCGGUCCCUCGUGCGGCACGUUAAGACAGUGUAUGAGGUCCAAGGCCGUGCCUUGUCUAGAUCGUUCUCGUCGCUCUGGAACAUAUUUGAGCGCAUCACCUCAGACCCAAAAUCUGACGACUUCUCCGUGGAUAUUUUCUCCCUCGAGAACUCGCCCGUUGAAUCACUCGCCGAAUCAUCUAAAGACGAGCGCUUUCUCGACGGCGAAACGUGCCAAACCAUCACAGGGCGAUACCGCUUUUUCAGUUAUUCUGCCUUACAUUGGGCAGAACAUUAUGCGGCGGCCCAAGACCUGGCCACCCCAGAGUUGCGGAAGGCUGGCAUGACCUUCCUCGACCCUGGAAGUGCUCACUGCACGAACUGGCUGAGGUUCUAUCGUUUCGAAUCUAGCAUGGAGCAUGAUGAGCCUCCACCGGACUUCGAUGCAGUUACUUUGGCCGCCUACUUCGACAUUCAUCACAUUGUCGCCGAGUUAUUGGACACCAACAACUCCUAUCCCCAGUCAGGGAAAAACCACGCUCUAUUCUGGGCAUCCAAAAUGGGUCGCAGCAAGAGUAUCGAAGUGCUCCUUCGGGCAGGUGCGGAACCCAACCAUCAGAUUGUGGAUCGACAGACUGCACUGACAGUCGCUGCUCAGGGCGAUUAUCUUGAUGCUGUGGCACUGCUUCUGUUAGAUGAAACAACGGAUAUCAAUCUGAGAGGGAAGGCUGGCCGGACCGCUCUGUCUUUCGCCUGCGGAAAUGGCCAUUUAGACCUUAUCGCAACCCUUCUGAAGCGGGAUGAUUGUGAACCUGACGAGCCAGAUAGUUCUGUCUUGACGCCUCUCUUCUGGCCCGUCGGCGGAGGCCAUAUCAGCACAAUCUCGACGUUACUACAGCAUCCCGCUAGAGACGGGCUGGUGAGGCCCUUAGAGCAUCUGUUGAGAAGCACCUGCAUCGAUCCCAACCUCGCAGAUAAGAAUGGCCAAUCACCCUUGUCAUGGGCGGCAGGAAACGGUCACGACGGAACCGUGCGGGCCCUUCUACGAGGCAGCCGAGUAGACAAGGCUAGUCUCGACAACGACAGCAGAGGUGCGGAUUUUCGGGCAUGCGAAGGUGGACACGAAGCUGUGCUGAGUACAUUGAACAACUUUCCCGGCAUGAUCGACGUACUCCUCUCGACGGGAUCUAUCAACGUCGACAAGAGAGACUGCGGUGGCAGGACUGCCUUGUAUUGGGCAGUCGAGUAUGGCCAUCUCGACAUGGUAAAAGCCCUUAUUGGUAAAGGCGCCGAUGUGCGAUCGACAAGCAACGGAAGAAGCACACCAAUCUCCGUCGCGAGAGCUUUUGGCCGGGAUGACAUGGUCAGCUUUCUCUAA